GCUUGCUGCCGUAGCCCGGCCCUAAGCAUCAUUACUCCCGCCCAUCCCGUCCGCCUUCCCGGCCUCUCUCGCCAACAUCUCAACAGUUCCCGCCGCCGCAAACAAAGCCAUGUCGCCCGCCUCCGAACACGAAGACGCCGUACUACGGGCGACGAAGGUUGCGCAGGAUCCACCGCCGCAGGCGCAUUCACACGACGUUGCGCCGGCAUCAGCAACAGCAACGUCGCCCGCGCAGCAGCCGUCACCGCUGAAGCGACGCCUCCGCACAAUGACGUCGACCGAGGAGAUUGACAGCACCAUCAACCGCCCCGGCAGCGUCAAGAUCAAUGUCCAGGGCGCCUUCAUCGUCGACCCGGACACGUCGACGCCGGCAACGGGGGGUGGUGCGGCGCAUGCGAACGGGCGUGUCAGUCCGUCGCAUCCAGAGACGAGCGAUAUUCGCCUGCCGAACCACACGGCCGUCGUGAGCCAUAUUGCGAUUGAUAUUGGCGGCUCGCUGGCGAAGCUCGUCUACUUCUCGCGCGAGGUCGAUUCGACCGACCCGGGCGGCCGGCUCAACUUCCAGAACUUCGAGACGGACCGAAUCGACGACUGUGUAGAGUACAUGCGACACCUGCGCGACAACCAACUGGCUCUCAACGGCUCGCAGCCCGGCGAGUUGUGCGUCAUGGCCACCGGCGGCGGUGCCUACAAGUUCUACGACAAGAUCCGCGAGGCGCUGGGCGUCGACGUGCUGAGGGAGGAUGAGAUGGAGUGCCUCAUCAUUGGCCUCGACUUCUUCAUCACCGAGAUCCCCCGCGAAGUCUUCACCUACUCCGAGGCGGACCCAAUGCAAUUCGUUGUUCCACGCGACAACAUCUACCCUUACCUGCUGGUCAACAUCGGCUCUGGCGUGUCCUUCCUAAAGGUCACAGGUCCGCGCUCCUAUCAGCGAGUUGGCGGUACCUCGCUGGGUGGUGGCACCCUAUGGGGUCUCUUGUCCAUGUUGACUGGCGCGCGCACCUUUGACGAGAUGCUUGACCUGGCAGGCCACGGAGACAACGCCAAGGUCGACAUGCUGGUUGGCGACAUCUACGGCACCGACUAUGGCAAAAUCGGCCUCAAGAGCACCACCAUUGCCUCAUCGUUCGGCAAGGUCUUCCGCAUGAAGCGAGAGGCCGAGUCCGCGGCUGAGGACUCCCCCGUUCCUCACGACUCUGAGGCGUCAUUUUCCGGCGCCGACGUCUCCCGCUCUCUCCUUUACGCCAUCUCCAACAACAUCGGUCAGAUUGCCUACUUACAGUCGCAGAUUCACAACCUAUCCAAUAUCUACUUUGGUGGCUCCUUCAUCCGUGGCCACCGCCAAACCAUCAACACACUGAGUUACGCCAUCAAGUUCUGGAGUCAAGGCGAAAAGCAGGCCUAUUUCCUGCGACACGAGGGCUACCUCGGGUCCGUGGGCGCCUUCCUCAAGAGGCAGCCCCGGAACUGGGGGCGCAGGGGAAGCCUGGAGGGUAUGGAGGAGAUGGCCGAGGCCAGGAGGAAUCAACGCGAGGCAGAGGCUGCUGCGAGCAGCACGUGAGAGGAGUGGAGGUGAAGAGUCUUGAAAGUGGGACAGAAGAGGGGGUGGUGAUGUUAUGCGAGGGCGGAGACCCAUCGGACGAAGACAAAAAAACCUCACAUCAAAAGCACCGUCGGCCGAGCCUACAGCUCGGAGGAAGGAGAAAGAGGACCGGGGAACACAGCAUACCCUUGUGGGCUCGACCGAGGCGCACUUCAUUGGCGUUCAAUUGAUUUGGGUGGUCAAACAAGUUUCUUUGGCUGAAGCACAGCGUAGCACGACAUGGCACGGCGCAUGAUGAAGAGCAAGAAGGACGACUCAGAGGAGAACCACC